AUGGAUUUUGUCCUGGAUAACUUUUUGUAUUCGGCGGCCCCUGAACUGAAACCGUUCUCUUCAAUCCAUAACAACAAGCUCUAUUUGGCAUUGUGUUCCAUCUUCCCCAUUGUGUGUAAAAGUCUCCACUGCAUCCAUAGCGCCCCGAUCCUUGCUGCAAUUUACGUUGCUUCCGUCUCUUUGUCCGUCCUUUUUGCUGACCACGUCGAAUAUCAAUUCUGCGUCGCAUUUGUCGCACACCACCAGCAAUCCUCUGCAAAGGGUACCGCGUUUUUUGGCUUUUUUCAGAUUUUAGGGUUCUUUCCGGCAUUUCCAAAGUGGGCGUUUGCACUGUCCUCCUCCAAAGCGCUUUGCAAAGUAAAUACCAAGAGCCUGCUUCUGAUCAACCCGAAAGUUUUGUUGCAAGUUAAUACAUCGUUAAAUUUUUCCAAAAAAGAGCUCUCCACCAUUCAAUCCUUUUUCAACAUCAAUGAACCCUUCGGCCUUCCAAUAUAUUCCGAGGCUUCUUUUCAAUACGACAACUCUGGAAGCCAUAUUGGCGGCAUCAGGGGUGUUUUCCAUUUUAAGAAAUACAGCUCGGUUGAGUUCUCAAUGGGUGGCGAGGCAUACUUUUCAAUGAAAGACCAAAUUGGCGGAGGUAUUUUUAACGUUACCUUAUUUGCAAGUGGGCACUGUUCUGAGAGCCAUUGUGGACUCCAAUUCGAGCCUAAUUGUCGCGUGCAAUCCGUUUCUGGGACAUCUAUCGUCUACAUACUCGACCGGGAUCCCUCUGCCACGCUUAAAAAACCUCAAGCUGUCUUCAAGGUUUGA